AUAAGUUAGUUAAGAAGAAGUAAGUAAUCAAGUAAAUAAAUGCCCUGCCUGUAAAAUUUGUCAGUAGUAUGAUGGCAUUGACUUGGCUAUUUAAUCAAAUAUCACAGUGAUGAGUUGAUAACGUAACGUGAUUUAGUUAUAAUUUUUGCAAGCGUCUUGAGAAAUAAAUAACUUGAAGGGGUCAAAAAUGGUAAUUGAAGCAGAGGCAACUACUUCAGGCUCUUCCUCAAGGGAGAGAAAGGAUUCUAAUGAGGAUAAAGAAAAGGAUGAGCGAAUGUUUGAGUGCAAUAUAUGCUUGGAUACAGCAAAGGAAGCUGUUGUCAGUAUGUGCGGUCAUUUGUUUUGCUGGCCUUGUCUUCACCAGUGGCUGGACACAAGACCCAAUAGACAAGUCUGUCCCGUAUGCAAAGCUGCAAUAUCCAAGGAAAAGGUGAUCCCGCUGUAUGGCAGAGGCAGCUCAAAACAAGAUGACCCUAGGAACAAGACACCACCUAGGCCUCCAGGCCAGAGAUCUGAACCAGAAAAUAAUGGGGGCUUCCCAGGAUUUGGAUUUGGAGAGGGAGGUUUCCAUAUGUCUUUUGGGAUUGGAGCAUUUCCAUUUGGGUUCUUCACUUCAUCAUUCCAAGUUGGGGACAGAACUUUUGGCCAUGUUGCAGGUCAGAGAGGACUGACUCCAUUUGAAGAUGAACAGUUCAUGUCCAAGGUGUUUUUGUGGGUCGCAAUCCUGUUUGUGUGUUGGCUUCUUCUUGCAUAGUGCUGCCUUCCCCUAUAUUGGCAAUACACAUCGCUCACUGUACCAAUUUACUGUGGAAAAUGUUAUAUACCUAAUCUUUAUAAUAUUUAAUAAUUCAAAAUGUGUGUAGGGUGUUUGGAUGAUUUUUAUUACGUCUAAUAUGUAUUAAAAUUAAGUUGUAAUAGUUUAGAUUCUUUAAGAGAUUUUUUUAAAGGAUAUAGUUUGCACUCAAUAUAUUUAAUGUAUGAUUUGCUUUUAUGGAGUAGGCCUAAUCUGAAAUAGUGAGUGUCACAUAUUGAUACCGUAUUUCGUAGACAAUGAGUAAUGGAAAUACUUGGUUCAGAGUUGAGCUUAGGCAGUUUAGCAUGGAGACUGGAGAGUGUAACGUUUACACCACAAGGUCUUGUGGGUAAAUAUCAGGAGAGUUGGAAUUAUAGAGACGCUUUAUCAAAGCCACUAUUGCUGUGAUUGUUAGGAUAACAUGCUAUGUAUAUAGAAAUCACAAUUUGCCACAAAUUGUACAUAAUAUUGAUAUUUAUGAGCCUUGUUAGUCUGUAUUUUGAAUAGGUUUAAGAUAAUUUCAUGUCUUGUAAAAUCCAUUGAGUGGUCAAUACAGUACUUUUCUCUUCAAAAACCAUGUUUUUGGUUUUUUUUAAUUUAUUUCUAAUAGUGCUGCAGUUUACACCAUUUGAAUUACUGCAUUCUCUGGUCCUCUUAUGUUAUUUAUUUUGUUUAUUAUUCUACUCGCUUAUUUCCCAUGUCUUUUUAUUUUAAAUAUUUCAUACCAGUAUGUAUUUUUUUUACUAUUUGUGGCAUUUUGAAAUGUGGGUUGGAUAUCAAAGGAGUGUAAAUAGUCAAUAAUUGUGUACAAAGCAUAUCAUAAUAUUAUGUUAUACACUUCAGUUGCUCACUUGUAGCUAUUAUGUACCAGUAUUUAAUUUUACCUGUUUGUACAACUGAAGUAGGAAUAAAAGUUUGUGAGUUAA